CUGUCCAUAGUCUGUUUACCUGACAGACCUCUUCACGCCUCUCCUGAGCAGGAAAAAGACAGGAAUGAGAGGAGCACGGUGAAAAGUACCACCACCACAAAGACCCAGGAUUCGUACUCUACAGGAAUGGAUGUGAGAACGUUGGAGAUUCCGGCUGAGCUAUCGGCCAGACUACGCAGCGCAGCAGGGCGGCAGCACGUAUCAGGGGUGACAGAGGUGGCGCCUCCACAGGUGAAAGCACAAAACACCCUAAUCCUGCCCCUCGAUAUCGACAGCUACCCCUUCUCACGAUACGCCAACGCCACACUGAAGGAUGGCUGGUGUCAGCCACAGGGCUACUCCCUCCAGCGACCUCUGACCUCUCUGGAGCCUGAAGACGCUCAAACCGCUCUGGAGAUCCACAAACUGAUACUGCGUUUUGCAGGGGACAGUGAUCUGAGUGGCUGGCAGGAGCAGAUGUUGGGGAACUACAUUGUGGAGCAGGGCCAGACUAGACCCCCCCUGAGGGAUGAGAUCCUAGCCCAGCUGGCCCACACCACCUGGGGCAGGGAGUCAGAGGAGGUGGCGCUGCGGGGCUGGUUGUUACUGGCCUACUGCCUUAGUACAUUCACCCCCUCCCCAGCCCUGGACAAACCCCUGCUCAAGUAUGUAUCUGAUAAUGGUCCAGGUGAAUAUCGUUCUCUGUGCCAGCACAAACUCCUCACCUCCCUCAAGUUACCCUCCCCUGCCUCCCGCCUCCACCCCCCCUCCCAGCUGGAGUGGACAACCAAUCAGAGGAGAGGAAAUAUGGUGAUGGACAUACAUACCUACAACGAGGAGAAGAUGACAGCUGAGGUAGAGUCCUGGACCACAGGGGAGCAGCUGGCCUCGUGGCUGCUCCACUUCAGAGGGUUACCUGAGGCUCCACGGGGCUGGUCUGUGUCUCUGCUAGCUGAUGAGGGCUGGUCUGAUCUGGCUGGAUGUGACUUUGUCUUGGACCUGUUGGCUGGAGCAGAGACUGAUGCUACUCUGGAGACCGCACACACAGACCCUGACUACCUGUUCAACAAUGAGGAAGACGGGAUGAUUACAACAGAUCUAGAUGGCUUCAUCCCCCCGGCCCCCUCCAUUCCGGCCCCUUGUCUCCCCCAGCAGGGCCGUAGAGACUACCAGCAGUCAGAGGGUUUUGGUCAGAUGGACUGCUAUCUGGACGACCUCUUUGACCCAGUGAUGGACCAGGGACCAGGGGACCAGGAGCGUAUGGUCAAGUUGAACAGGAGGAUGAGAGGAGGAGGAGGGAUGUAUAGACCAGGUGUUCCAAUGACAAUGCCAGGCUAUUCUAUGGGAAUGCCAGUGAACCCUGCCAUGCAAAACUACCAGGCUCCAAUGAUGCCAAGUAUGAUGCCAGCUGCCCCCAUGCCUAUGAUGCCAACCAUGAUGGCACCCCAGCCAGCUGCACCAGGCCUGGACCCCCAGCAGAUGGCAGCACAGCAGCAGGCUUUCAUCAACCAACAGGCCCUGCUCAUGGCCCAGCAGAUGACAAUGCAGGCGAUGACUAUGUCCCAGCAGCAGACUCAGGAGCAGCAGCGACAGCAGCAGCGGCGCCAGGCUAACCUUCGACCCGUCACACCCCCCCUCGCCCCCUCACCCCCGGCUCAGACACAGACACACCACUCUGCCCUCUCACCCCCAGCCCAGACACAAACACUCCCCCGCGCCCCUCCGCCACUAACCACACCCAGCCAGAGGAAACCACAGAUACAGCACCACAUACCUGAGCCGGAAAGAGAUGUGGACUUUGUCAGUCCAGACCAGCUGGACUCUUUCAAGGACAAGAGAGAGUUCUUCCAGAAGAUUGGUUCUCAGCCAAAGCCAGCAGCCAAACCGCCAAAGCCUCGCCCUGCUCCCAGUAGCCCCCCCAAACAGACCCGUCCCUGCUCCCCCUCCCCCUCCCCACCCCCAGCACCCAGGACUUGGCAACGUCCCGGAGGGAGCACCCCCAAACAGACCCUUCCCCGCUCCCCCUCCUCCUCCCCACCCCCAGCACCCAGGACUUGGCAACGUCCCGGAGGGAGCACCCCCAAACAGACCCUUCCCCGCUCCCCCUCCUCCUCCCCACCCCCAGCACCCAGGACUUGGCAACGUCCCGGAGGGAGCACCCCCAAACAGACCCUUCCCCGCUCCCCCUCCCCACCUCCAGCACCCAGGACUUGGCAACGUCCCCCGUCUCCUCCUGCCAGAGAACCAGACCGCCCCAGCCCCCCUGCCACCCCGCCCCCUCCCAGCACCAGAAUCCGUGACAUUAUUAACCAGUACCAAAACCGCCCUGUCAACGAUCCAAAACCCUUGAAACCAAUCAGGGUUCCAGCACAGUCGUUUGUGAAGAAGAAAGAUCCUAAAGAGGAGGCCCUUUCUAUCCUCAGAAAUAACAGACCUGUACAACAGCAGAAGCCUCCCCCUGCACGGCAGCCCUCUCCUCCCUCCACCAGAGGGCCUCACCCCAUUUCCAACCACAUGAAGCAGAAACAGCGCUCCCUUGCCGACCUGUUCGGCACUCAGGGACGCUCCGAGAACCCUCCGCCUGCUCCACCCGGGUUCGCCCCUCCUCCUCCUCCUUCCCCAGUCCAACACAUCUAUGAGACCUUGCCAGACCCUCCCACCAAGGCUGCCCCCACACUCAAUCUGCUGUCUGGGGAGGAGAGUGUUCGCUCCCAGCUCCACAGGUUCUCUGCCAGCGUCUACUUCUCCUACUCGGCUAUGCCUGGCAAACUGUUCCUACGCAAAGAGGUGUUUUACCCCAGAGAGAAGUUCAACCACCCCUACAUCCUCAAUCUCCUCUGUGAGCAGAUCAUGAGAGACACGUACUGUGACACCUGUGUGAGGAUCUCCAGAGAGGAGAGGAGGAAAAUGAAGGACCUACUGGCCAGUUUCAACGUGGGUACAAGUGUCAGCUUGGUCCAGGAUGACACCAUGAAGAAGAGGAUAGUGAUGGCUGCCAGAGACAACUGGGAAAACUACUUCACAAGACUGUUCCCUGUCAAAGGUGAUACCAGCGGGGACACCCAGGUAUUGGGUGUGUCUCAUCGUGGGCUUCGUCUGCUGAAGGUGGCCAGAGCAUCAGGCAUCAACCCCAAACACCUGAUCCUGCUACGCAGCUACAGCUACGCGGAGCUGCUGUCGGUGAAGCUGCGGUCUGCAGACAUGGUAGAAUUCAGUCUGAAAGAAGAACAGCUGCAGCUGCAGAGCAACAGAGCUGCUCAGAUCACUGCCGUGGUCAGGCUGUUCCACCAAGAACUCGUCGAGGGCUCGGAUCAUGUGAUCGCCCUGAAGAGCUUUGAGACGGUCGACAAGAGCCUGCUCAACUUCCGCAAGGGUGACAUCAUCAAACUGCUGCCCAUAGAUGGCCUCAAACCAGGUUGGUGUUUCGGUUCCAUUGGGGGGCGCUCGGGUCUCUUCCCCACGGACAUCACUCAGCCGUCUGCCCCUCCUGACUACCACCAUGUCCACCUUGACCGCCGCGACGAGAGGAGGAAGAGCAUGAGAGCUCCAACCCCCAGACCCACCUCCCACAACGGCUCAGCACAGCACAGCCGAGAUGGCUCCGUCCUGGGGUCGGCUCGGUCGGUUCAGGGUAGUGAGAUGAAUGACGUACAGACGUUCCUGAUGACAGAGUUUGCGAUGAAAUACUUCAGAGAUGCUGACACGAGCAUGGAGGGUAGAGGUCUUCUUGAUGGAGGUCGAAACUUCUCAGAGAUGGUUCAGUACACAGAGGUUCCCGUUCGGGAAUCUCUCAUCCUGUACUCUGAUCCUGAUCUUAAUAACCUGGCUGUCCAGGCCUUCAUGAGUGUGAUGCAGUUCAUGGGAGACCAGCCUCUGGGGAAUCACAAGUCUGAGGAAGACUGUGUCAGCCAUGUCUUGAUGCUGGGGAAGGAGAAGGAGUUCCUGAGAGAUGAGAUCUACUGCCAGGUCAUUAAACAGACCACUAACAACACUCACAGGCAGAGCUGUACCCGAGGUUGGCGUUUAUUGAACCUGGUAACAGGGUUCUUCCCCUGUUCUGGCACUCUCAAUCCCUACGUCACACAACUCUUACAAAACAUCAGCCAAGACCCCUCACACCCUUACCAAGAGCUGUCUCAAUACUGUAAGGAGAACCUGUUCCGGUCUCUGAUCCACGGAGGUCGCAGACACGUCCCCUCUCAAGUAGAGAUGGAAGCCAUACUGGCUGGCAGAAGCUCUCGCCGGUUCCCCAUCAAGCUGCCGGGUGGAGUAGACUUCCCCUGUAAGAUACGCAGCUUUAGCGUGGCUCUGGAGGUGGUGGAAGAGCUGUGUACAGAGAUGGGCAUCCAGGACCUGUCAGAAGUCAACGAGUUCUCUAUCCAUGCCAGCCGGGACCAGGAGGGGAUGAUGCGGCCAAUCCACCCCGAUGAGUACCUGUUUGACUUCCUUUUGGAUGACGGCUCCAUUUUCCUGUCCUUCCACCGCGUCAUGUGGACACACCCCCUUCACUUCGACAAUGACCUGUACCUGGAGUUCCACUUCCAACAGGUCCUGGGUGAUUACCUGGAUGGCAAACUGCUGCUGCCAAGCGGUGGUGCCAAUGUUGUCCAGCAGAUGGCAGAGCUGGCUGUCCUGCAGCAUCUGGCACAGGGUCUUACUCAAGAGCCCUCUGUGCCUGAACUGAAGGAGUACCUCCCCCGACAGGAAGGGGGCAGCACCAACCUGGAGCAGAUCCACUCUAUCUCCCUCAGAGAGAGAACCACCAUGCUGUCCCUCAGCCCCCACGACGCCAAAGCACGCUUACUCGAGUGCCUGAGCUCCCUACCUCUGUUCGGCUCUAAUAUCUUCUUGGCUCAGAAGGUCAGCCAUCGCAGCUGCCCCUCGCCCUGCCUGGUGGCUGUCAACCAAGAAGAAGUGUUGUUCUGUCAUCCCAAAACACAGGAGCGGGCGUUUGUGAUCCCGUUGGUGGAAGUGCAGUCACUGAGCUUGGUCAAAUCCAAGCAAGACAAGAAGGUGCCAGGAGUGGAGAUCAAAUACGGCAACCCAGGACGCCCAAAAACCAUCACCGUCCACCUCAAGCAGGCCAAGGAGUUGUGCCACAUCAUUGCUGUCAUUAUGGAGAAACUGGUACAACCACCCAUCAAUAGUUCUGUCUCUAGCCGCAACUAGUAGAUACGCGCACACGCGCACACACACACACACACACACACACACACACACACACUCUUAGAGAGGGAGCCUACUGAUACCCUCAGCCCAGAUGUCUCAGGAUCAGCCUAUUGAUUAACGGGCCUGCACUGAUGAUUAUCAAAACAGAUCAAUGCCUUCAUAUUUUUAUCUACAUCAUUUAGUUAUAAAAAAGUCGACAUAUUACAGCUAUGAGUACCAAUGAAUGUCCACAUUUUUAAAUUCCUUUGUACGUGUUUAUAUAACCAAUGUAUCAAUGUGAAGAUUUAUUUGCAAUAAAUGUUUGUGUAAUUUAAGGCCAGGCACCACACCCUCACAGGGUAAUUUUUUCCCCUUAAUCAAUAUAGCAAUUAACUUUUACCAGUUGGAUGCAGACACAAUUAUAAUAUUUUUUUGUAUUACAAUUCUUCUGAAAUAUUUGGUUUAAAUAUGCAAAUGACGCAAUAUCUAAUGAAAUGGCCACAUAUUUGCAUAUCAUGCAAAUCUAAUUUUCUGUACACUGGAUAAAGUCAGUCCAAAUAUUUGGUUUAAUUUUGUUAAGACACUCCAUGACCGGACUUGUCCAGAGCAGAUUGUGGAUAAAUACUUGUUAUCUUUCUAUCUGUGAAACACUAGACACGCACAUAAAAUGCAUUUUUGGCACAUUUUUCCAAUGAAAAUGUUAUCUAGAAUAAAAAAUGUACAACAUACAAUAUAUGUACAAACGUUUGUGGACACCCCUUCAAAUGAGGGUAUUCGGCUAUUUCAGCCACACCCGUUGCUGACAGGUGUAUAAAAUCGAGCACACCGCCAUGCAAUCUCCAUAGACUAACAUUGUC